AUGCUGUCUCGCGGAAGGGGAGGUGGCCGCGGCGGCAGCUUCAAGGCAAGACGCGGCGGACGAGGUGGAGGAGGAGCUGGUGGUACAGCAGGUUAUCAUGGCCCACCCGCCGAAGUCAUAGAGGCCGGCACAGUUCUACAUGACUGCGAAGACCAGUUACUAAUUAAAAGCACGCUAGAGUCCAGUGUACCAUACUUGAAUGGGCGUGUAUUUCUGGCUAAUAAGCAAGAGAUUGGUAAAAUUGAUGAAAUACUAGGCCCAAUUAACAAUUAUUUCUUCUCCGUCACACUCGCUGCAGGAUUCAAAGCGAGAUCAUUCGAACGUAACUCUUUGGUAUAUAUAGACCCACAACAGACGUUGCCAGUAUCAAGGUUCACCACGAAACCGGGUACUACACAUACGCCCUCUAAGAAACGCCAAGUUGUCAAGGAUAAGGCUUUCAAGAAACCUGGACUUACUAGAGGUGGAAGAGGUGGCCGUGGAGGUUCAUUCGGUCUAGGGCGAGGAAACUCAAUGGCCUAUCGCGGAGGUCUGUCUCGGGGUAGAGGUGGUACUUUCAGAGGACGUGGGUCAUAA